UGGCGAGAUUGAGCCGUUGGAAACUUUGGAACGCCGAUGCUCCGUCGGAUGAGAUCUCUCGCUCCCUCCUCCUCCCCCGAUUUCCCGGGUUUGAUUCACCCAACCUCUCCCUCUCUCUCUAUUCCUGCUGCGUUCCCACUCGGAGCCCGUGGUCGACGCGACGAACGGCCACUCUUUCUUCCCCCAACCAGGAAGACCGAGAGACUGCCAUACUUCGUCUUUCUCUCUCGCGCUCUUCUCGGGGAUGGCGGUCGAAGGAGGAGCCCAAAGGCUUAGGACGCGGCGCCUCUCUCUGCUUCUCGUACCGGUGUUCCUCGUCGGCAGCGUGGUUCUUGGAGAGGAUCAUUCGUCGUCGUCAGGAGGAGGGGAGCGAGACCUUUACGCGUCGAAGCUGUCGGGGAUCAUCAUACCCGGGUUCGCGUCGACGCAGCUGAGGGCUUGGUCGGUUCUUGACUGCCCCUACUCCCCCCUCGACUUCAACCCUCUCGACCCCGUCUGGCUCGACACCACCCGAGUUCUUUCUGCUGUAAAUUGUUGGCUUAAGUGCAUGUUGCUGGACCCUUACAAUCAAACUGAUCACCCUGAAUGCAAAUCAAGGCCUGACAGCGGUCUUUCUGCUAUCACAGAACUGGAUCCAGGAUAUAUAACAGGACCUCUUUCUUCCGUUUGGAAAGAAUGGCUUAAAUGGUGCAUUGAAUUUGGAAUCGAGGCUAAUGCAAUUAUCGCUGUUCCAUAUGAUUGGAGGUUAUCAGCAUCAAAGCUUGAGGAGCGAGACCUUUACUUUCACAAACUAAAGUUAACUUUUGAAACUGCACUUAAACUUCGCGGGGGUCCCUCUUUGGUGUUUGCUCAUUCAAUGGGAAACAAUGUUUUCCGCUAUUUCUUAGAGUGGUUAAAACUUGAAAUUGCACCAAAGCGUUACAUCCAAUGGCUUGAUGAACACAUACAUGCCUAUUUUGCUGUUGGAGCUCCUCUUCUUGGUUCUACUGAAUCAGUCAAGGCCACUCUAUUCGGAUUUACAUUUGGUCUUCCAGUUGCCGAGGGAACGGCACGAUUGAUGUAUAAUUCAUUUGGUUCUUCUUUAUGGAUGAUGCCAUUCUCAAAGUACUGUAAAGCAGAUAAUGUCUACUGGAAACAUUUUUUUGAGGAAGGGGAAUAUCGUCGUCAUGCUUACCAUUGUGAUGAAAUAGAAUUUCAAACAAACUACUCUGGUUGGCCGACAGAAAUUAUAAAUAUUGAGCUUCCUUCUAUUCAAGGCUCAGAUGCUUAUCCAUCAAUCUCGGAUGUAGCUCAGGACAUGACUUCUAGCAUGGAAUGUGGAAGACCUAUUCAAUUAUCUUUUUCUGCUAGAGAAGUUUCUGAUGGUACCUUCUUCAAAGCAAUAGAGGACUAUGAUCCGGAUAGCAAAAGACUCCUGCACCAGCUACAGAAGUACUACCAGGAUGACCCAGUGCUGAAUCCUCUAACACCCUGGGAGAGACCUCCACUGAAGAAUGUCUUUUGCAUAUAUGGGAUUGAUUUAAAGACUGAGAUUCAUACCGACCGCACCUAUUGCUUUUCACUCUUCUUGAUACUAUCUCAGUUCGACCAGACUGUAUCAGUGGUAGAUCGUUCCGGGACAAAACUGGUCGGAUACUACUUUGCACCCAGUGGCAAACCAUAUCCUGAUAACUGGAUCAUAACUGAUGUUAUUUAUGAACUUGAAGGAGCCCUGCUUUCAAGAUCUGGUAAUUCAGUCAGCGGGAAUCCUGGAGCUGUGAGUGGGGAUGGAACCGUUUCAUAUAACUCCCUCUCGUGGUGCAAAACCUGGCUUGGUUCCAAAGUAAACAUAACAAGAGCUCCACAGUCUGAACAUGACGGAUCGGAUGUUCAGAUAAGCCUGAAUGUAGAGCAUCAUCAGGAUGAAGACAUAGUUCCAAACAUGACAAGGACUCCCCGUGUCAAGUAUAUAACGUACUAUGAAGAUUCUGAAAGCAUUCCAGGAAGGAGGACAGCAGUUUGGGAACUGGAUAAGGCAAACCACAGAAAUCUUGUUAGAUCUCAAGUUUUAAUGCGUGAGUUAUGGCUUCAAAUGUGGCAUGAUAUACAUCCUGAUGCAAAAUCAAAAUUUGUAACAAAAGCCAGGCGUGGUCCAUUGAGGCAUGCAGACUGUUACUGGGAUUAUGGAAAAGCUCGGUGUGCCUGGCCUGAAUAUUGUGAAUACAGGUAUGCAUUUGGUGAUGUUCACCUUGGGCAGAGCUGCAGGCUGAAGAACUCUUCCACGGACCUCCUCUUGCACUAUCUAUAGAGGUAAGAUCUUCUUUGGAUGGACAGCUUUUUUUGCUUUUCCUUUUUUUCUUCGCAUGUGACUUUUCAACAACACCAGAAUAAUCACUGAAGAGCAAUUGAUCCUACUUGGGUCGGAAAAGGAGACAAAUGAGAUGUACACUACACUAACUGGCAGCUCGCAAAUGUACCAGUUGAUCUUUUUCCUCUCUGAGAACUUUGUUGGCCAAUUCUUGGAACUUUAAUGACAUCCCUGCUGGGCCGCCCUUCGGAACUCGAAAGACAUCAUUGGUUUGCCACAACAGCAGGAAUGGCUUGAGUGCAUGCGUGCAUCGUGCGAGAAGAAUUGCAACAUGUUGUACCUGUGGCAUAAUUAAGCAUACUUAAGCAUCUACAUACACCAAUGUUUUUCUAACCGUAAAAUUGUAAAUUUACUUUAUUAAAUGAGUUUGUAGUUCGCCGCAGACUACCAUCUUC